ACAUCACAAACCAGCCGAUCUCCACGCGGAGUUUGUUGUGACUUGUGACUUCUACAUUCAACAUUCUCGUUUGAAUUAAUUGAACUUCGAAGUUAUAAAAGUUUUAAAAAUUAAACUACUUAGUCAAUUAAAGGUCAUAAGGAAGGGCUAUUUUAAAACCUAUUUCGUAAUGGAGGAAAGUCUCCUCUCCAAAAAGAAGCUCUUCUUUUCGCAAGGAAGUAACUACUUUCGCCAACGACUUGUGCUCUCUCUCCUCUCCGCCCGACCUGUCCAUAUUUCCGAAAUACGAUCUCAGUCUCCCUUCCAGGUGGGCGUCACUGACUACGAGGUCUCCUUUGUACGUCUCCUGGACAAGUUAUCCAACGGAUCCAAGAUAAAGAUAAGUGAAACGGGGACUGAGGUCACUCUCAUUCCAGGGACGUUAGCAGGAGGAACGAUAAGCCACGUUUGUGCCGAGUCUCGACCACUGAGUUACUACUUGGAACCUGUCCUUCUACUCGCACCAUUCUUCAAGAAACCACUCCGACUCACACUCAAGGGGAGAAUUCAAAAUAAUGACGGUGCUGUUGGGUAUAAUUCCGUCUAUAAAUUGAAACAUGCUGCUUUUCCACUUAUGGAAACAUUCGGAAUUGAACCGGAUUUGCAGAUCAAAUCCAGGAGUUUUGAAGAAUCAGAAGUAUUAUUCACAUCUACAGUCAAGAAACAACUGCUCACCCUUAGAAAUCAAUUGAAUCAAGAAUCAGGAAAGGUGAAAAAGAUUCGAGGAUUGGUAUAUGGAUUUCGAGUGUCGCCUCAAAUGCUGAAUAGAGUCAUUACAGCUGCAAAAGGAGUGUUCCUUCCCUUCAUUAAUGAUGUAUUCAUUACGAGCGACGCAGUGAAGAACUCAAAAUCUAAACAUCCUGGAUAUGGUCUAGUUUUGUAUGCUGAAACAACGCGAAAUAUUGUCUAUGCCACUGACGGAUUCAUAGGGAGAGAAGAAUUGGAGAAAUCAAAUGAACACUCUCUGAUGAAUCCACUGUCAAAUACAAACUUGACCCCAGCAGGAGUUAAAGGGCAGAAAAAAAGAGCUUUCAGUCUGUUUCCUGAUGAUGAUGAUGAUGAUAAUCAUGAUAACUAUAUUGAGGGAUCUUCAGCUAAAAACCCCAAAAAAAUGCGCAAACUAAUGGAUGAUGGAGAUACGAAGAGCACAAAUUCAUCAUUAACCACAACAGCAAAGUCAUACGCAAAAAGUCCAGAAGAGCUGGGAAUUGAGAUAUCUAAGCUAUUGUUGUCCGAAAUCGCAACAGAGUCCAGAGUUGACUCUGUGUUUCAGUGGUUAGUGUUGGGAUUUAUGACUUUAGGGCCGAAAGAUGUGACUUCCGUAGUAAUGGGCCCCCUUACACCAUUUACGGUACAAUUUCUUAGAGAUGUAAAAACGUUUUUUGGCGUUACUUUUAAAAUUGAAGAUUAUUUUGAUUCUCUGAAAAAUGGUAAUGUAGACGAAGAUGAUGAGGAUAGAUCUAAGCGAAAGAAAUUGUACAAAAUGUCUUGCUUAGGAACUGGGUACAUAAAUUUGAACAAAACGAUGGUGUAAUUUUCAUGAGCAAGUGAAAACAUGAUAAUAAAUACAUUGAAUUUAUACAAACCAAAA